AUGGGUAAUUUAUCAUUUAGACAAAAGAAAGGUGGGAAUGAUUUGUCGAUCGGUAAAAUAUCGUCAUGUGGCCUUACCGAAUUCUGGAACCAAAAAAGACAAGAUUUUAAUGAUAUCUACUUUAAUAAUAAUAAUUUUCCACCAGCUGAUGCUGCGGACUUUCGUGUGACAACCAUAUUGGAUGAAGGAUCUUUCGGUUCUGUUGCAUUGACAACUCACAAAAUAACUGGUACUGUUCAUGCAACAAAAGUAAUUGCCAAAAAGAAAAUCGUUAAAGGUCGUAAUGUGCAUCGAAUGCUUAAUGAGAAACGGAUUUUGGAGUCCAUCAAUUUUCCGUUUGUCAUUCGCCUCGAGUAUUUCUACCAAGACAACAGUUACAUUUACUUUGUCAUGCCGUUCGUUUGCGGCGGUAACAUUCACACGCACAUGAAACGCCACGGACCGAUGGACGAGGCCAAAGCGCGGUUUUAUUUUUCAGAAGUUCUUCUGGCCGUCGAAUACCUGCACAAGUUAAACUUGGUGCAUCGAGAUAUCAAACCCGAAAAUGUACUAAUCGACGUCAACGGGCAUGCACAACUCGCAGACUUCGGGUUUUGUAAACACAUUAAGGGUCGUACGUUCACAUUUUGUGGCACUGCCGAAUACUUGGCGCCAGAAAUUAUACUCAGACGAGGAUACGGAAAAGCGGUCGACUAUUGGUCGCUCGGCGUUCUCCUGUACGAGAUGUUGGCCAACCGUUCGCCGUUCGUCGAUCGCGACACCGGCAAGCUGUUCAGUAACAUCGUGACCGGGACGUACAGCUGCCCGUUGGGCUUCUCGGGCGACGUGAUCAACCUGUUGCGGAACAUCCUCAAGGUGGACGUGACCAGGCGGUACGGGAACCUGGCGAACGGCAUCCGGGACAUCAAGAAGCACGGGUGGUUCGGUGACCAGGACUGGUGCGCGGCGUUCGACAGGCGCGUGACGCCGCCGUACGUGCCGGUGAUCAGCGACACCCUCGACACCAGAAACUUCGACGCGCCACACGGCCAUUUGUUCUACGACGCCAGCAAGGACAUGUUCGGCGACAUUUUCAAGGACUUUUGACACGGCGGGACCGGUCUGCAUACGCAACAUCGCGUCGAGAUGACAAACCCAUAUGUUAUAUUAUAAUAUGUUCAUCACGAUUCGCGGACAGGGCAGAUGGAAAUCAAAAACGUAGGUACCUCUCUCUGCCUACAUCUUGGGCGCAAUGCCAAAUAUAUGACAGUGUUAUUUUUUUUCCAAAUAUUGUUUUACAAGUUGUGUACUGCAGGUGAAGGUACCGCAGACGUUUAAUGUAGCCUAACUCGCUCGUACGCAGCGUAAUAUCUACUAUACUGUUCCAAGACUAUUGUCGUUAAACUAUAUAGGUAUA